GAAUGAAACUACAGUUUUAAACAUGGGACAUCAGAGCAGGUGCAACACAGGGCACGUCAGAUUACUUCCAGCCUCAUAUUUUGGAGGAAAGCCUCAUGCGAGCACCCUCCAUGAGGCUCGCAUCGGCAAGGAGUCGAACAAAGGAAUGCCUAGCCCUUCUAUUUAUCCCAUGGAGGUAAGAAAGGACUUCCUACCUCCAUGAUUUAUCCCUGAUUUAACAAGAAGAAUGUCUUAACAGCGUUAAGAGACAGGUGGCUGGUAACGGACAGAUGGACAAAGAAUAUGAAGAAAGUUUCGGGGAGUGUCAUUGUGUGAGUUAUUGCUGAGGGUCCCUUAACCGUGACGUCACAAGCCAGUUUCCAUUCAGAGCGCAGACCUUAUCGAUCUCGAUGGUGACGCCUCUUCUCACAUUUGACUCUUUUGCCAUUUUGUCUCGACUACGCUGCGUCAUCGGUACCUGCACCGAACCAAACAGCUUUGCACCGAAGGAACGAACAGAUAGCCACAGCCAGUCAGUCCUAGAUUUUGCUUGUCUGAGUAGGAGGUUGCUGAAAGAAUUUUCUACAAAUAUGACUAAACGAUCGUUUGAUGAAUUUAUGAAAAAUCAAGAUUCUGUUGAUUAUGAAGCUUACAUGAGUGAUAGUGAGAUUGUUAUGGAGCAGCAAUUGAUAAAAAUGAAAGAUUAUAUCAAGCACAUGAUGAGGACAGUUAGAGCUGAUAUUCAACUAAAUCGACCACGAGCCCUCAACGACCUUCGCCUACUUGAGAAUGAAAGUAGAUUUUACAAAUCAUUGGAUGCCCAUGUUACAAGGGGCACCGUUAUUAAUAUAGCCGAAAUGGAAGAAAUUAAAGCAGUCCACAUUGCGGUGAGGUCUCUAGAACGUGUAUACGUCGAAUUUUGUUUAAGUCUAGGUGUUACAUUCUGCCAGCAUGGACUCAGAAGGCCAAACUGCUUUGCACAUAGAUUGUAGAAACAGUUCUUUAGAAAUAAUACAGCUACUUCUUGAAAGCAGGGGCAGGUCCAUUCUGGAUAAAUGUGACCAGUUUGGAAGAAGGCCGCUGCGCAUAGCAUGCACAAGAAGUUCACCAGAAGUUGUGCAAUACUUGCUUGAGAAUGGUGCUUCCAUAGAAAAAGAAGGCUGUCUUCUGUUAACUGCACUAAAUCAUAUAUAUAGGAGCUAUAUACACAGAAUAAUAUCUACGCUUCUAGAUUAUGGAGCAGAUAUUAACAUGUGUUCGAGCAGUGGAACGACCUCGCUGUUAAAGGAUGUGGAACGCGCUUCCCAUACUAGAAAAUCAUCAUAUAUGCGAUUAUACUUGCCAUAUGAACAUUUAAGUCUCGCAGAUUUGUUAAUAGACUGCGGUGCAAACCUUCAUACGCAUAGCUGUGACGAUUGCAUCGCUAUGUAUGGAAAUGGAUUCCCAGACAAAAGCCCACUGGACGAAAGCGCACGCGACAAAAGCCCACUAUGAUAAUUGCCCACUCGACAAAUACCCACAGCGAUGAAAGCGCACAUUGAUAAAAGUCCAUACUGAUAUAAGCCACAUUGAUAAAAAUCCACAUGGAUAUAAGCCCACGCUGAUAAAAGCCCACACUCAUAAAAGCGCACAUAAUCAAAAAGGACUUAUAGUUUUUUUAUUACUAAAAGUGUAUUUAUAAUUUUAAUUAUAAUAAAAGGAGUAUUCAGAUCUGAAUUUUAAUGUCUCAAAUAUAUGUUUGUAUAUUUUAUCACUAUUUUAUUAUUUAAUUUAUUAGGUAGAAAAGCAAACUUUCUGUUCUCUGAUUAAGUGAUUAGCUAUAACGUUUCGAUGAUAAAUCUGAAAUUGCAUUUUAUUAUUUACUUAUUUAAAUUUGGUAUGUGUAUGUGAAUAUGAAAAAUAUCAUUGUGGAGUUUCUCACAUGCUAUUUUUAAGGUAAUAUGGCUGAGAUUAAAUAUAAUUAUGUUUCAUUAUUAAAACUAUUAACUUUUUAAUUAAAAAACACGUAAUUUUUUAAAAAAGUUUUUUCCUUAAAAAGCUUUUUUUCUAAUUUAAAUCAGAUUAAAUUAAUUCUGUUAUCCAUUAGCAAAUAAUUAUAGUGAAUUAUAUCUAUUGACGACAUUUCUAAGAAGACUCGUUUUGAAAGAGACCUGAAGAAAUAAAUGGGCCUAAAUAGAUUGUAAUAUCAAUGAACAUUUUUAAUGACGGAGAUUAACUUAAACAUAGUUGCAUACAGCAGAGAAAAGGGCGAUGAAGUAAGAAU